AUGUUCUCCACCACUAGUCCGAUGUCCCCGAGGGCGUCUAUGUCGUCUCAGUCCCCCACAAGCACCGCGAACGACGCGCAGGACACCGCGCGCGUCGUCCUCGACCUCCCAGACCUCACGGAACCGAUCACCAUCACCUGCCUCACCUCUUGGCUGCUCAAAUGCGAAAUUCGCUUCCGGAGAUACAAUGCGUGGAACAAGGAGGAGCUCACCGACCUGCAGAAGAUUACAGAGGCGACGGACAAGCUCGAGAUCGACUCUUCACCGCGGCUGGCCGCGUUCCUCACUAGGCAGGGCGAGCGUUUGCUGCAGAGCACCUGGGCGGAGUUCAAGGGUGCCAUCAUGGCGGCGAUGCACCCGAAUGUCAAGAUGGACUCGUUGAAGGAGUUCCAUGACAUAUACCAGGGUGAAGAUUCGUUCGAGGAGUACGCGACGCGUCUGUCCCUCGCGCAGGAAGCGGUCAAUAGCAGCGCGAUGAAGAUGGUCGACUACCAUGUUAAUGACUUCCUCUUCAAGUCCAUCCUACUCUUCCACGCCCAUCCGCUAUUGCGACUACGCGUACUUGCGCUCCCUAUGUUCGACCUCGCCGCCAUCACCGUCCCCGACCUCACCGUCGCGCUGUCCAAGUCAUGGGAUUCCCUCGUCGCGGAGGGUCUGGUCGCCCCAUCACCUUCCGCCUCGUUCAACGCCGACGGAACAAUAGCUACCAGGGCACCCUCUAAGCCAGCAUCGCGAGUACUAUGGAGCAAUUCAGAAUGGAUAGACUUCUUGCUGUCUUCAGAAGGGAUGAACACGCUUUGGGCGGACGAUACACCACCGAACUUGCGACCACAACAUAAUGUCAUGACCUACCUGCUCGACCCGCUCACCGACAACGACGACGACUUCGCCUACUCGUACAAACGAUGGCUGGCCGCGUUCGUCGCGUGGCGUGCAUUACUCGGCGGCUUACCAUCUAUUGCGAGUCAUCCUUUCUACAAGUACUCCGCAUUGACUGAGCGCGUCAAGCUGCUCUAUCCGAAGGGCAACUGGGAUUUUAACCGCGUGCGGCUUGAUUUCUUCAUCAUCCUGGUGAUGACAGAUUUCGCUACGUUCCAGAAAUUCGUGGAAGAGGUCGUCGAUAGUGAGGGCAAGAACGUCGAGAAGGGCUUGACGUAUGAGGAUUGGUUCGAGAUGUUCGAGGACUUCCGCAGUGUCGACGACGCCAUGAACGACGCUUGGGAUGUCAUUGAGCGGAGUCCUAUCUUUGAGGACGAGGAGGACGACCAAGGGCAGGGUCCGGACAACGGGAGCAACUGA